GGAAGUCUUGAGCUGGCAAACUUCAAAAAUAGGUUCGAGAUGAGUUAUCUGGGUCUUGGCGGGACGACCAAGCGGGGGCACAACAAGUUCGCCGGCGUCCAUGGGGAGGGCCUCAAGCUUGCGACUUUGGUGAUGCACCGCAACAACCAUGCCGUCCGUAUCAGCGCCAGUCAUUUUACGCGUCGUUGAAUCGGCUCAUUUAACCGCCACCAAGUAUUCCUUGCUCAAAUCAGAACCACUCUUCCGGGAUCUAACCUCCCCGGUGGGUGAGGAUAUGGCAGCGGGCGACCGCAUAGAGCUCCUCUUGCACUUCACCUUGCCCGAGUCCUUGGGGACACGGCAUGACUCCGAGGUCAUCAAAAUUGACGAUAUUAUCGAAGUGUGUCGUUUUCCUCGAAAUUUUGAGGUGGUUCAUUGUGUUCAACCUCCUCCAGACGCAGUCGAGAGCCGCACGCCCUUUUGCCGCUUCGCUCAUUCGGUCAUUGAUGAGGCGAUAACCGUCAUGCCCUUGGCAUCCGAGCUCCUUCCACGUCGCGACCGCAUAAGACAAGACAGCUUCGCUGAGGUGUCAGUGCUCUCUGUGGUUGAUCUGACCCCUAAUGUCCUCGGUCCGUUGGAAGGCUUCACUGAUAUCGCUGAUAUGGGUUAUAGAGUCCUUGCCGGCGUGGGGUUCAAGGAGGAUCGCCACAGCACAUGGAGGGUGCGGUAUCCCGAGUGCAAGAUCUUUGAUGAAUCCCCCCAAGGCAUAUUUGGCGACUUUGCAUCGGGCAAACUCGUGCCUCCCGGCCUUCCACCCCCUGGUAACCCGAUGAUUGCCCUGGUGGCCGGAGAAAACACAAACUUUAGGCUGAGCCAGGGAAACAAAGACAUGCCCUCGGUUGACCUAUUUCUCUCGCCGCUUGGUAUCAUGGACUCGGCUACGAGUUCGCAUUUCAAGCCAGAUUUCACGGCCCUGCAAAUAUCUCCAGCCGUGCUUCACAGCUCGACAAUACGUCGGUUCUCCGAAAGCAUCUUGAGAUUACUUGAGCAGGGUCAGACAGUGCGCAUCAGCCUGCAGUCGCUCCAAGCCCAUGGAAUCCCCCAGGAUCGGAGCAUCCUCGUCGUCGUCGGAUCGCCGUUCCCGGGGUCGGCACAUGUGUCAACCAAACGACAUGAUCCUCCUGCCAUUGCUACAGGUGCUACCAGAUCCCAAUCGCCCGGAAAAAUAGAGGCCUUCAUUGGAGACUUGGCAUUUGAGAAUCCUCGCGCGACGGAGGGCGCAGGCGGAACGUUUGUGUGCUCCCAGGCAGAUGGAGCCGGAAUGCCGCCAAGAUACAUCUACAACCACGGCACCGGCCAACAUGUCCCCGGGGAGGAUGCCAAAGCUGUCGACAUGGAUGCAGACACCGUCGUCCUAUCAUACAACAGCUCCCAGUCUCUGAUCCACCCAGUCCGACGAGACCUGCUCACAGUGCGCGAGCUUGCUCGGCUCCAGGGCUUCAAGGACGACUUCGUCUUCUACGGUUCCCCCGAGUCGCAGCGCAAGGACGUGCUCGCGGCGCAGCCGCCGGCCGUGGCGAAGGCGAUUGCCAAGACCAUCCUCGGGGUCGUCAUGCUCUCGCGGAAGGUGGAACUCGGAGACGGUGGUGGGAAUAGCAGGGCCAACAAGAGGCCGAGGGUGGAGACUGAUUAGGACGAGACCUGAUGGGUUAGUUGUAGUAAUAAUGUAAAUAAUUGUAGGAACUCGCUUGGUAAAUUGAAACCACCAGGAAGUCAAGGAAAGCGUCC